AUGAGGUCCUUACCAACUGUGCUGCUCCUUCUAUGGGCCUCCCUCGUGGUCCCUGCGCUAUCAACAGAGUCAACGCCUCUAGCCUUGACUAAGCGGGAUUCUCUCUCAGACGUCCUCGACGAUAUCAAAGACGCUGCAACCUGCGGCAGCUGCAACGCGCUUCUGCUCGUCUUGCAAGCACUCGCACAUACCGGCAACGACAACUUCGUAAAGGUUAUUACAGAUGUAUGCACGGCUACAAAGAAAGAAGAUUCCGAUGUUUGUGCGGGAGCAAUCGGCCUGGAAGGCCCCAUUCUCGCGCACGACCUCCGUCAGAUGACUGUAGGAACUAGAACAUCCGACCUCUUCUGCCUCACUGUCUUCGGUCUCUGUCAGUGGCCGGCAGUCGACACGUCUUUCUCUCUUCCUCUGUCUUCCAAGCCAACCACAUCAAGGCCCGCGUCCAGCAACAAGCCGCCCAUCAAGGUGGUACACAUCAGCGAUAUCCAUAUCGAUCUCAACUACACCACUGGUGCCAGCUACAAUUGCACCAAGAACAUUUGCUGCCGGCCUUACACCACUGAUGACGAGCCGGGCGUUACCGAAUACCCAGCUGGUCCGUACGGUAAUUCUGCUUGUGAUACGCCCUUGUCACUCGAAGAGAGCAUGUAUUCCGCCAUCCAGUCUUUGAUCCCCAGCCGUGCCUUCAGCAUCUUCACCGGUGAUGUCGUUGAGGGAGCUGUCUGGCUGGUGACUGACGAUGAAGUCACAUCUGACCUUCAGAACGCAAAUAGUCACAUGGCAUCCCUUGGUCAGGUCUACCCGGUCAUGGGCAACCACGACGUAUCUCCUGUCAACUCCUUUCCCCCUCCAACAGUAGAUACGGAUAUGUCUACUCAAUACGCGUACGACACCCUGUCCGACGCAUGGUCCUCUUGGAUAGGCGCAGCUGCCGCCAAUGAAGUAUCAACGAACUUCGGUAGCUACUCAACACUCACUGAGUCUGGACUCCGCAUCAUCAGCCUAAACACCAACUUCUGGUACAAGCAGAACUUUUGGCUUUACGAAAAUACCAUCGAACACGACCCAUCCGGUAUGCUCUCGUGGCUAGCAGCUCAGCUCGAAGCAGCCGAAGCAGCCGGUGAAAGGGUCUGGCUUCUUGGCCACAUGCCCAUGGGCGCCAGCGACGCAUUCCACGAUCAGUCAUACUACUUCGACACAAUCAUCCAACGCUACGAUGCUACUAUCGCUGCCAUAUUCUACGGCCACACUCACAAAGAUGAGUUCGAGAUAUCAUAUAGCGACUACACAAAGCAGUCGGCCUCCACAGCAACCAUGAUGUCAUACAUUGCUCCAGCCCUGACACCAACCUCAGGAAACCCCACUUUCCGCGUCUACGAUGUCGAUCCAGUCACGUAUGGUGUCCUCGAUAUGCACGUCUACUAUGCGAACCUAAGUGCCCCUUCCUAUCAGACGUCCGGCCCAACUUGGGAACUCUUAUACUCCGUCAAGGACACCUACGGCACCCAACUCGGGUACACUGACCCAUCUGCUGAAUUAACUCCAGCAUUCUGGCACAAUCUCACCGUCCUAUUUGAGAACAAUGAUGGCGUGUUCCAGGAGUACGUUUCCCUAAAGAACCGGAAAGCUGGCAAUGAUGCUUGCACAGACAAUUGCAAGACGAAUGAGAUUUGUCAGCUCCGUGCUGCGCAGUCGCAGUAUAACUGCGGGACUGUCUCUCCGGGCAUCAAUUUCAAGAGGGACGUCGUAACUGGUAGUGUAACUGCUGGUGAAUGUGAUGGAUCUCAGGCUGUGCCUAUAUUGACGGAACUUCUUGGCCCCGAAGGCAUCGCGAACCUUAGGGCUGUACUGGUGGACGUUCUUGGAGAGGCGUUCCUCAACACUCAGGUAUCUUUGAACUCAACAACAGGCUGA